AGCCAGAAGGUGGAUGGAUGUCCCAUUCCAUUUCCUAACAGAUAAAGUAAACCCAUUUCUCUCUCUCACACACUCAACACUCGCUUCCGCUCUCUCAACUGUAUUUUGCCUCGUUAGGUGCAUUCAUUGUAUGGCCGCCAAUUCCAAGAGCCGAGGUGUUGCUCUGAACUUGGGCAAGCGUGUCGUCAACCAGAUCUGGACCUCCAACUCCCGUGAUCCCUCCCUGCCUUCUGCUCUCACUCUCAGGAGGGCUGCACACGCCUCGGUUUAUGACAAGAACGAGGAGGACCACACUCCGAGCAUUGUCCCGGAUAAUGUAAUUCCGCCCCAGUCUGAAACCUACUGGGCUCCACACCCUCAAACCGGGGUAUUCGGUCCUCCAGCCGAGCAAAACUCAGCUGCAGCCAGUGAGAGUGGCUCCCCCUCUCCGACCGUGGAUGGUGGUGAGGGGUCUGUGCUCGAAGAGAAGGCCUGGUUUCGCCAUUCCAGCGUUGAGGACUCAGAGAAGCCUCAUACCCUCUGACCACCACAACAUACAAGGUAACCGCAAUAUAUAAGUAACUAAAAUAAGUAUAGGCGUGGCGCAUGUAUGCGGCUGGCUUAUGUAGUAUUUUGGUGUGACAAAUGACACUGGCUUUUAUGUUCGUGGUAUAGCAGAAAGUGAUGGAGCUGGGCUUCUGAAAAAUGUAUUUCAUUAUGGAACUCGCAUAUCCUGUUGAUAUGUCUGUAUGGUUUUGCUUUAUGUUUGGACACAGUUUAUUUGCUAUAAAAGGCUUGGUUAUGUUUAA